GCAGUUAUAGAAACUAGAAACAAGUAGAGAAGCGGGAAACACAGAGAAUCGCUCUCUUCUUCUCCGACGAAUCGCUCUCUUAUUCUCCGACGAAUCGCUCUCCUCUUCGCCGGCGACUGCGAUUGUGCAUUUCUGAAGCGCGGAUAGAGAUACUAGCCAUCGAUUAUUCUUCAAGUGGACAUGGAUCCUGCAGCAAAUAGCUCUUCUGAUGACGAUAGUGACUCUGAGGACAGGCAUGUGAGUGACCCGGUUCGUGAGGCUAUAUCAACGAUCAAUGAUGGAAACGGUGUUGACAUUGAUGGCAUUUACGAGUUUGUCAAGGCUAGGCGUGAUGUAAUGCCAAAUUACAGGGACGUGUUGGAAGGCGAGCUGAACACACGUGUUUCUCGAAACGAACUAGAGAAGGUAGGUAACCUCUACAGGAUCAUCCAUGUUGUUAGUUCGGAAAGCUGCACAUAUGAGACAACAGAGCCCGAUUCAGACGAACCUGCUGCAGUGCCUGAUCCUCCAAUUACUUCUUCAGAUAUCCCUAGUAGCUCCUCCUCUGGGGAAUCGUAUGAUGACGGGGUUCUUAAGGCUGUAAGAACAGUCAAUGAUGGAAACGGUGCUGACAUUGAUGAGAUUUUCGAAUAUCUCAAGGAGGGUUAUGAUAUAGGGCCAGAGCAUAGGAAGCUGGUGGAAGAAUCCCUGGACUUAAGUGUUUCUGACAACCUACUUGAGAUGGUAGGAAACCGCUACAGAAUCGUCAAUGUUACUUCAGAAGAUACAAAUGAGACAAGAGAGACAGAGUCAAAAUCAGUUGAAGACUCUGAUGAUCAGAAAGUUCCCGCAGCUAGUUCCACGGAUUACGCUCUACCCUAUGGGGAUAUGCCGGAGGCCAUGGUUAUGGAGGCUAUAUCAACAAUGGAUUAUGGUUACGGUGUUGAUAUUGAAGAGAUUUACGAAUAUAUCGAGAAUAGGUACAAAAUACCGACGGAUUACAUGACGAUAUUGGAAGACGAGCUGAACAAACGUGUUUCUGGAAAGGAACUAGAGAAGGGAGAAUACGGCUACAAGAUCCUGGGUGUUACUUCAGAUAAUAUGGAUGAGUCCCAGUCACAAGCAGUUGCAGUGGCUGAUCAGAAAGAUCCUGCAACGAGUUCUUCUUCAGCUGCCUCUAGUUCCUCUCGGAAUCCGCCUUAUGACCCUGUUAUUGAUGCUGUAUCAACAAUCAAUGGUGGAAACGGUGCUGAUAUUGAUGGAAUUUUCGAGUUUAUCCAGGCAAAGAUGGAAAGGAUUUUAUCGGAAAAUUUUAGGAAGCACUUGGAACAGGUGCUGAAAAAACGUGUUUCUCAAUGCAUACUAGAGAAGGUAGAAACCCAUUACAAGAUCCUCCAUCUUACUCCUGAGAAACUAGAUGAGAUAAGUGAAGCCGCAACAAAAGCAGUUGCAGUGUCUGAUCAGAAAGAAUUAGAAGCCAAAGAGGCAUCGGAAGCUGCAGAUAGGGCCAAAAAGGUGUUAGAAGAAAACCAACUUGUUUUGCAGGCCGCCAAAGAAGCCCUUGACCGAUGUACCAGAGGCGACUAGGUAUCCCUGCCCCAAAAGCUCUACCUUCUGAUCUGGUUCAAUGUAGACGUAUUUGGAGGACCGGUUCGUUCGGUUGAGUUGCAUAUAUGUGAUUUCAUUGACUAAAACUUUUGUCACGUUCUGUCUAGCUUUUGAGGUCCAACGUUUCUGGUUGUUUGUAAAUAAAAGUUUCUACUACUGUUUUUUUGGAGACCU